AUGAUAUCCUCAGGAAAACCUGCAAAUGUCAAGGAACCUAGAGCACCGAAAAGUGUACGGAUUUCUGCCAACAGAAGGACGAUCCUUCUGCCAACUCACGACCCCGCUGGUGCAAGACUGACCUUGCCCUUCAGAGAAGAUACGGAACGUGCAUCUUCUGCACGGGAGGCUCUUAGGCCGCCGCGAAGGGGCUGCUCCCACCCGAGCGCAGCGCACGGAGCAGCACGGACUUCGACUUUGGGGCCGGCGGAGGCUGGCGCUGCAGGGAGAGGCCGCAGCCGUAGUCCCGGCGACGUGACUGUAAAGCGAAUUCCCGCGCCGAAGGGCCGAACCCCAAGUACCUGGAGGCGGCGGCGGGAAACUGCCGGGCCGGCUCGCGGGACGGCGUCGGAGGUCGCGGCCCGCACCGCGGCCCAGGGUCACCGUCAGGGUCCCCGCCCCGCCGGUCGUUCCCACAGCAACAGCGCAGGCGUCCGCCACAGCGCGUGCGCCGGCCCUCGCCCCGCCCCCUGCCGGAAGCCGAGGGGCGGGGCGGCGAGCCAACGCGGCGGGGCUUCCGGCUCCCCGCAGCCCGGGUCCCCCGAGCGGCGGGCGGCGCGCGCAGGCUCCUCCGGCCGCAUUUCGUCCCCGCGUGCUCCGUGGGGGAGCGCGUUCUGCGGCGUCCUGGCUGCCAGGGCCGUGGGCGUCCAGGCGGUGGCCUGGCUGCUCCUCUGCGAGGCGGCGGGGCUCUCCGGCACACCGGCCGCCCCCGCCGGAGCCGGCAAAAAGGCCACUUGUUCUGAAAUUAUUUUGAGGCAAGAAGUUUUGAAAGAUGGCUUCCACAGAGACCUUUUAAUAAAAGUGAAAUUUGGAGAGAGCAUUGAGGACUUACAGACCUGCCGACUCUUAAUUAAACAGUACAUCCCGACAGGACUUCUUGUGGAUCCGUAUGAAUUGGCUUCAUUACAAGAGAGCAACAUAACAGAGGCUGUGAUGGUUUCGGAAGAUUUUAAUAUAGAAGCUCCCAAUUAUUUGUCCAAGGAAUCUGAAGUUCUAAUUUACGCCAGACAAGAUUCACAGUGCAUUGACUGUUUCCAAGCUUUUUUGCCUGUGCACUACCGCUAUCAUCGGCCACAUAGUAAAGAUGGGGAAACCUUUAUUGUGGUCAAUAACCCUGAUUUAUUGAUGUAUUGUGACCAAGAAUUGCCAAUUUUGAAAUGCUGGGCUCAGUCACAAGUAGCAGCUCCUUGUACUUUGAAGAAUAAGGAUAUCUGCCAGUGGAACAAUAUGAAAUAUAAAUCUGUAUUUAAGAAUGUGACUCUACAGGUUCCAGUGGGACUGACUAUACAUACCUCUUUAGUAUGUUCUGUGACUCUGCUUAUUACCAUCCUGUGUUCUACUUUGAUCCUUUUGGCUAUUUUCAAAUAUGGCCAUUUUUCCCUAUAAGUUUUAUAGUUUUAUGGAGUUAAAUGCUUUCCAUAAAUCCUUUUUUUCUUUUUUUUUUUUUUACUUUCCAUAAAUCUAAAUAAGACCUGUUUACUUGUGAUUAGAAGUGUUCUUUUAGAUUUAUGUCAUUAUUUUUGUCUUUAUCUAUGGCUAAAAUUCUGUCUCCUAGAGGAAAUUUUGGACCGAUUUUAAACCAAUUCCAAAAGUUAGUCCUCUAUGGUAGAGACCUUUAAUAAUCUUCAAGCAAGUGCCAAUAGAAGAAACUUAAUUUUGUUAAAUAAAUAUUUAUUUUGUGAGAAGUGAUUUUAUCUUAAUUUCGGUUACGAAAAUGAGUAUGUAUUAGAGACAAAUUACUCUCAUUUUAUGAAUAAAAACAUUUUAAUUUCAACUAAAAAUUGAGAAAAUCAUUAUAAAUAAAUAAAAUAUUUUGGAUGAA